UUUGAUCACCGGAUAUCAUGGAGUCUGGCAAGAUGGCUUCUCCCAAGAGCAUGCCGAAAGAUGCACAGAUGAUGGCACAAAUCCUGAAGGAUAUGGGGAUUACAGAAUAUGAACCAAGAGUUAUAAAUCAGAUGUUGGAGUUUGCCUUCCGAUAUGUGACCACAAUUCUAGAUGAUGCAAAAAUUUAUUCAAGUCAUGCUAAGAAAGCUACUGUUGAUGCAGAUGAUGUGCGAUUGGCAAUCCAAUGUCGUGCUGACCAGUCUUUUACCUCUCCUCCCCCAAGAGACUUUUUAUUAGAUAUUGCAAGGCAAAGAAAUCAAACCCCUUUGCCAUUGAUCAAGCCAUACUCAGGUCCUAGAUUGCCACCUGAUAGGUAUUGCUUGACUGCUCCAAAUUAUAGACUUAAGUCUUUACAAAAAAAGGCGUCUACUUCUGCAGGAAGAAUAACAGUUCCACGGUUAAGUGUUGGCUCAGUUACUAGCAGACCAAGUACUCCCACGCUUGGCACACCAACCCCACAAGCCAUGUCCGUCUCAACUAAAGUAGGGACUCCAGUGUCCCUCACAGGGCAAAGGUUCACAGUACAGAUGCCCACUUCACAAUCCCCAGCUGUAAAAGCGUCAAUUCCUGCAACAUCAGCAGUUCAGAAUGUUCUAAUUAAUCCGUCAUUAAUUGGGUCCAAAAAUAUUCUUAUUACUACUAACAUGGUCUCAUCACAAAAUACUGCCAAUGAAGCAUCAAAUGCAUUAAAAAGAAAACGUGAUGAUGAUGACGACGAUGACGAUGAUGAUGACGAUGACUAUGAUAAUUUGUAAUCUAGCCUUGAAGCAUGUAACAUGUAUACUUGGUUUUGAAUCUGUUGUACUGAGAUUAAACAUGCAUGCUAGAUGUUUCCAUGUUGUGUUCUAGAAAAAAUAGUAUUUAAUGAGUAAAUAUGUUUACCAUACUUUUCGAUUGAGCUGUUGUGUUGGAUUUUCUUUAAUAGGAUUAGUAAUGGUUUCUCGUCAGCCUUUAAGUGUAAAAAAUAAAGUUGCAAUUCGUGUUU